GCUUGUGAGGAUGUCCGUAUCCAUCAUCCUUCUGGAACAGCCUUACUUGCAUGUGGUUACCCGGAGACGAGGAGUGUCUUCUACCCACCCCUCAAUCGCCACGACAACACCGGCGCGAAGAGCUACAGGGAAUACUUUUUGAAGUAUGAUAUCAAGACGAACGUCACAACUCCACUCAAAAUCGAAGGACUCGAGCCUUCGCACGACCUGAUUCUUCAUGGUAUCGACAUCUUGGCCCCCAAGGAGGAUACCUCCAAGAUUUACAUGUUUGCAGUCAACCACCCCCGCAGUGGGAGCGAGAUCAUCCUCUUCUCUCACACCAUAGGCUCCGACGUCCUCGAAUUUGUCCGCACUUUCAAACAUCCAAGUAUCAAGACUCCCAACGCGGUGGCUGCAACAAGCCUCGAAUCGUUUUUCAUCACCAAUGAUCACCACUUCUGGGGCGGCUUCCUCGGUGGCUGGCUGCGGAGGUUCGAGGAUAAGUUCGGACCUUGGAAAUGGGGUGCGAGUAUCGUCUACUGUUCUGCAUCCGGAUCUGAAGUGGACUGCAAGACCGUCUCACCCACCCACGCACAUCCGUCUGCGAAUGGUGCUCUUCUCGUCGACGACGGAAAGAUGUUGGCAGUCAACGACAUUAUCGAAGCCACGACGACGUUCUACGACAUUGACCCUGUCUCGAAGGAGCUGACCGUGAAUAGGAAAGUGCGUUUGGGAGCCGCGGCGGACAAUCUUUCUGAAAUCCCUGGAUCGGGGGAUAUCGCAGUCUGUGUUUUCCCCGAUAUAGCGAAGCUCACUGGGCGGUUGGGGGGCGACAAUAUCCUCAACAGCGAAGUCAAGGCAGAAGCCGCAGUUCUACGACUCGUCAAGAAGAACGGCUACAAGCCCGAAGUUCUGUACUGGGAUGAUGGAUCGCUCAUCACAGUUCUCACCGGUGCCGCUGUGGACCCGGUCAACCAUCGUCUCAUUGCGGGCGGCGUCAUCGAGCGGCACUUCAUCGUUUGCGACAUCAGCGGUGCUAAGCUGUGA